AUGUCCCCCCCACUACCCCCACGAAAACGAACGGGCGCUGCGUGUGUCCACUCUGAGACAUGCGCAGUUCAAGAGACGGCAGCAAAGCUUCUGUCAUUUUGUAUUCCCCAGUAUGCUGCAAUACUUCUCAUCCUGAUCCUCGUGGAGUUGGCCGUUGUUAUUGGCAUCUUUGCCUUCACAGAUCAGGUGUCAAGUUUCGUCAAGAAAUCCAUGUUGAGUUCGUUAGAGGAAGACUACAAGGGAAUCAACGGGACGGACGCAGUGACUGUAGGGUGGAACUUCCUCAUGAUUGUGUUCAAAUGCUGUGGCGUGGAGAACUCGGAAGACUUCAGCUCUGCCUCCAAGUGGCCCAGGAAAUACACGCAGCCCGGACCACCAAUCAAUGGGUCAGUGACGUUGACAAGCCCACCAAUCACAGUCACUCUAGAGACUCCCAUCGCCUGCUGUAAAACCAAAGGGGAAUUCCCUGACGUCACUCUAUUGGAGCCUAAUGAUAUCACGUGCGCUCUCUCGCCUAAUGAAAGGAAUUCAAAUAUGGAUAAGGUAAUGUGUGCAUCGAAAUAGCACGAUUCGGGUACUGUAUUCCAGAUUGUUCGACGCUUUCCUCCUCUACCCCACCCCACCCAACCCGCUCCUCAACACUCA